AUGAAGUUCACCACAGCACUCAGCGUCGCGGUCGCCGCAAGCUCUGUCAAUGGAGCGACACUGCAGCCUAGACAUUACACGUUCCCCUCCAUCGGCAGCUCCACCGCCUGGCAGUACGUCCGCCAAACCGACAACUACCAAUCCAACGGCCCCGUGACUGAUGUCUCCUCGAAUCUCGUCCGUUGCUACACCUCUAGCAACAAGGGAGUGGCGACGCAGAGCGUGGCGGCAGGCAGUAGCGUGACGUUCAAGGCAAACCAAGCGGUUUUCCACCAGGGCCCUAUCCAGUUCUACAUGGCGAAGGUCCCCUCAGGCCAAACAGCAGCAACCUGGGACGGUUCCGGCAACGUAUGGUUCAAGAUCUACGCCGAGAAGGCUACCGUGAGCAAUGGGGCGCUCUCCUGGGCCUCUCUUAAUCAGGCCUCCUUCAGUGCGACGAUUCCCAAGAACGUACCUAGCGGCGAGUACCUGCUUAGGAUCGAGCACAUCGCCCUGCACGGUGCGAGUGCUGCCAACGGAGCGCAACUGUACAUCUCUUGCGCGCAACUUAGUGUUACUGGGGGUGGAAGUGGUUCUCCUAGCCCGCUGGUGGCUUUCCCAGGAGCGUACAAAAACACGGACCCGGGGUUGAAGGUUAAUAUUUAUUCGGUGAGUGGCUGA